AUGGCAUUCAAAGAUACGAACCCAGGCUUUCCAGGUGAAAAUGUGAGGGAUGUGCUUUGCGUCGGCGCAGGUCCAGUCGGGCUCUUGUUGGCACUCUUGAUUAAGAAAAGCGGCGGCGCCGACAGCGCCCCCGCCCGGGGCACCCCCACCUCAGUCACUGUGGUGGACAGACAGCCGGCGCGAUACCCACUGCCACGAGCCGUAUGUCUUGACCACGAAGGACAAAGAAUCCUCCGGUCGACUGGUCUAGGGCCAAAACUGACGCCUCUACUCGAAAACAUCAUCGGCUUGCCGGGGACCAACUUUUCCUGGAAAGAUGCAGAUGGGAAGAGUAUUGUGGAUUUAGAGUGGGAAAAGCCUACAGCGAGUGGCCUAAACAGGGCAUGCGGUUUCUGUCAACCUGAGCUGGAGAAAUUGCUAGAGGAUGCCUGCAGGGAUGCCGGCGUUGAUAUUCUUCAACUUAGCAGCCUCCACCAAAACGACGAUCAUGUCACUGCCACAUUCAACAAAUGGCCGAGGAAGGAAGAUGGAUCCAGCACAAAAUCCGAAGCCACCGUCAUACGCACACGGUACCUUGUCGGUUGCGAUGGCGCCAACUCGACUGUCCGUUCCCUGUGCGGCAUCGAUUUCAACGACCUCGGCUUCCAGUACGACUGGCUCGUGUGUGACAUGCUGAUUAAGGGCCACGGUCUGCCACCAAAGGUGCUGCCGCACAGGAACGGAGCGCAGAUUUGCGACCCGAACCGGCCGACCACCUUCGCCUUGGCAGGCAACGGCCGCCACCGUGUUGAAUUCAUGCGCCUACCCGCCGAGACCAAGGAAGAAUUCUUUUCAGAGUCCAGAGCCUGGGAGUUGCUUCGACCAUGGGGCUUCAGCGAGUAUUAUGUCGACAUGGAGCGCGUCGCCUUGUAUACUUUUCGAGCGCGCUGGGCAGGGGAGUGGCGGAAGGGUAGAGUGUUCCUUGCAGGUGAUGCUUGCCAUCAAAUGCCACCUUUUCUAGGCCAGGGCAUGAACAGCGGCCUCCGGGAUGCCACAGCCCUAGCAUGGCGUCUGCGUCUGGCCCUAGAUGGCAAGGCUUCUGAGUUCUUGCUGGAUUCGUACUCCACGGAGCGGCUGGCACACGUCCGAGCAAUCAUUAACCACAGCGUGCUGCUUGGAAAGGUAAUUUGCGAGACCGACGAGGCAAAAGCUGCAGCUUAUGCGAAAGACCUGAGGGCAAACCCUCCGCCACAUGGCUUUGAUCCUCACCUUGGCACACCCGGAAUUUGGGAGGCGGAUGAUCCCGCAGCAGGUCUCGUAGCUUGGCAGAGGCCAGUGACAACAGGUCUUGACGGUGGAAAAGCCGAUCUCUUCGAUCAAGUGUACGGCGCCGGCUGGCGAUUGCUUGUAUGGGGAGACACACCCGGACUACGUCUAUCGCCCGCUGCCAAGGAAUUCUUCAAUGCGAUUGGGGGCAAGGUCAUUGCACUCAAAGCGACUGAUGAUGUGUCAGGUGAUUAUUGCAGGUGGUUCAAGGAGGAUUUAAACAAUGCCAAGGCUGUACUAUGGCGGCCCGACUUUUACAUCUAUGGAGUGAUUCGGGAAAAGUUGGAAGAGGCCGAAGACAUGUUGCUCGGAUUGAAGGAAAAGAUUUCCCCACCCUUGAAAUAGAUCUUGGCAGUUUACUUUCUGAGAGAGUCGCGCAUGGCUGAGAAUAGG